UAUUUGACAUAUUGUUGUUUUCCAUUGGUUUUGUCUCAGGUACUCAUAAAAUUCCUUUCCAUAUAGGCUACAUCCAUGAUCACAAGCGACGUAGAGCGAUAUCUUCUAUUCUCACCUAAUACUGGAAGUUUCACAGCUACGAACCUAUACAAGCUCCUUAUGUGCGAAACGGGAUGGGACUCGGAAACGGUAAAGGCUUCGGAGAUCAUGGAGAGCAGCCAUGGAUGGUGGUUGGAUAUUUAUGCUCCUACUGACGACGAGAUGAGAGUCAUUGGAAAGAUGUUCCAUAUACAUCCUUUGACCGUUGAGGACAUUCAAACGCAAGAAUCGCGCGAAAAAUGCGAGAUUUUUCAGAACUACAUGUUCGUGAGUGUUAGAAGCUUCAUUCAAGACAGCUACAGUGGAGACUUUUUGAAGCCGUUCAACUAUUAUACCUUGGUAUUCAAAGAAUGUGCAAUCACGAUCCACUUCCAGACAGGACCAGAAACAGACAACGUCAGAAAUCGCAUGAACCAACUGAAGGACUUCAUUGUUGUCACGCCCGAGUGGGUCAAUUAUGCGCUGAUCGAUGAUAUUACCGACGCUUUUGCACCACUCAUUCAACAAAUUGAAAUGGAGGUUGAUUCAAUCGACGAUCUUGUCUUGCUCCUUCGACAAUCGGAACAGUCUGAUAUGCUAAGACGCAUUGGAAGCUGCCGAAAGCAAGUCAUGCAGUUGACCAGAUUAUUGGCUUCCAAGUCUGAUGUUGUAAAGGCUUUGAUUAAGCGGUCCAAGGAUAAAUCGUUGAUCGAAUUUGAUUCCACCGAAGAAACCAAGACCCAUCACGAUGUCUUUUUGUUCUUGGGAGAUAUUCAAGAUCACAUCAUCACCAUGUUGCAGAACUUGGGCCAGUACGAUUCUGUCCUUGCUCGAUCACACUCCAACUACCUUGCGCAGAUCAACAUUGAGUUGUCACAACUGUCCAACGGAACCAACAAAGUUGUUAACCGACUCACCUUCUUUGCCACUAUGGCUAUCCCUCUAAACUUGAUUGCUGGUUUGUUUGGAAUGAACGUCAUGAUACCUGGUGUGAAUAACCAUGACUACACUUUCUUCACCUAUAUCGUUGGUGCUAUGGUCUUAUUUGUCAUCGUCAGCAUGUAUAUGGCUAAACGAUGGGACCUGCUAUAAGCUUAUAGCCAUGAUACCUCCUCACUUUGGGUAACGAUACACAUCGUACGUAUCCCAUAUGAAACCCUUCUCAUUUCAAUUCAUUUUAUUUCAGCAUUUGUGUUUGUCGUUCCUCCUUUCUUUUUUUUUGGACAAGACAGACCAAACAAUAAACCAUAUAAUUGCAUGUAACUGGAGUAUCGUGUGAUCAAAACGUGGAGUUCAGGAACUGUAACAAUUGUGAGCGAUUGGAGUCUCGGUUUUUGUCGUCCGAUGUUUUGUGUACCUUCAGCUUAAUCUUUUUUUUUUUUUUAUCAUUGCAUUAGCGCCUACUUUUUCAUCGUGUUGAAUGCACCAACAAGUAUUACCUUUUUGCCAGU